GGAUAUUCCCAGUACGCUGAUCUCCAAAUAACCUAUUCUGAAACUGUUCUUAUGUAAACUAUUUACAUAUCAUAUAUAGCGAGAUCACGGGAUCUGCGCGAAGUCUGUGGUACUUGAAUUUGGCCUUCUGUCGGGGGACCCUCCCGUAUUUCGAGCGAGGCACGUAGCGAAUGUCAGAGUACGUAGGUAGUUAAUAAAGGCGAUGCAAAGAAACUUUACACCAUAAACCAGGCAAACAUUGUCGAAGACAAACAUUUUGGAUUUCCUGUCUUGCCUGUGUGAAUGGUGUGAAAGUGAAUGGAGAAUGUCUAGACGUGGGUGCUUCAAGAGUGCAACGCGAGAGACGUCCACGGGGUUGUGCGAAGCGCCCCCUGGGCCGGGCAUUCAUGUGUAUCUCUUCUGGACCAAAAGUGGAGAUUGCUACUUGAAUCACCAGGAUGGAGAGGUGACGGCCGAGGAGCUCACCAUCCAGGCAGCAGAGGCUGUGGGUAUCACGCCUGUCUGCCAUGCCCUGUUCGCGCUCUACGACCCAGAGGCUUGCUGUUGGUACAGUCCAAACCACAAAUUCAACGCUGAAAGCAAGUUACGCCUGAUACUUCACUUCCGCAUGAGGUUCUACUUUCGGAACUGGCAUGGACUGAGUGAGAAGGAACCGACAGUGGUCCGCUAUGCCCUUCGCAGUGGAAGUGAGCAGAGCAGCGUGCCCCUGCUGGAGAUCACCUCUCUGGAGUACCUCUUCGCUCAGGCGAAGUGUGAUUUUGUAAAUGACGUGGCAGCGCUGGAGGAUGUGCAGGGUGAGGAGGAGCGGAGCUCCUUCAAGAAUGAGAGUCUGGGCCUGGCCGUGCUGCACCUGUCUCACAAAGCCCUGCAGAGUGGUUCCUCACUACAGGAAGUUGCCAGGCACACCAGCUUCCUUCGCUGCAUCCCCCGCUCGUUUUCCCACCAUAUCGCCCGCGACAACGUGCUGACAAAAUUUCGCAUUCGGCGCGUGUUCUCCGAGUUUGUGCGCAGCUUCCAGCAGCACACGGUGGGGCAGGGUCGACUGGGGCCUCAGGAAGUCAUGUACAAGUACCUGUCCACGUUGGAGCGCUUGGCCCCACGCUUUGGCACCGAGACCUUCUCCAUCUUCCACUUGGUCCUACGUCCCCAUGGUGAUGGCAGUGGCUCCUACCUGAAUGCUUCGCGGAUGCAGGAGCCAGCCGAGGCAGAGGGGGUGUGCGGGCUGCCCUCCCAUGAGCUCACGGUGUCCGGUACCAAGGGCAUCCACUGGAGAAAGCUCCUGCCACAAAGGGCACAGGAGAACAGUUACCUGGGGAAUGACUACUUGGACAACAGGAAGCACAGGGGGCAACAGGUCCGGCAGCAGGAGAUGGACACGGUGGAAGAGUUGAAGCACUUCUGUGACUUCCCAGAAAUCUCGCACAUUGCCAUCAUGGGAACGAAUGUCUGUAUUAGCCGACAAGACAACUAUGCAAUGGACUUGCGUCUGAGGUCCAGCCUCGAUGCUCGCUCUCUGGUCUCCUUGCUCGACGGCUACUUCCGUCUUACUGCAGACGCGCAUCACUACCUCUGCCAUGAGGUGGCACCUCCAAGAGUGGUUCUGAGUGAGGCCAACGGACUGCACGGACCCAUUCUCGACGAGUUUGUACUUCAGAAGCUGAAGAAGGAGGCGGCAGAUGCAGGCGCAUUCGUUGUGCGCUGGAGUGUGGUAGACUACCGACGCAUCAUACUGGCAGUUCUAAGUAGGACGGAGGAUGGACGGAGUCCCACACACAAGCAGUUCAGGAUCAUGCAGACGAACUCUAUGUUUACACUUGAGGGUUGGGGGCGUGAGUUCUCCAGCGUGAAGGAACUCACAGACAACCUGAAAACCUUUGUGCUCAAGUCUGGCCAAGACUGCUUCACUGUGAAGAAGUGCUGUCUGCCCAGACCUGCAGAGCUGUCUAACCUCCUGGUGAUGAGGCAUGGAAUGAGCAGCAGUGCCAAGCCAGUCUCUGAAACCCUAAACCUGUGCCAGCUGAGGUUCCAUCAGAUUAAGGACAAAGAGAUAACACAGGAACAGCACUUGGGACGUGGUACCAGAACCAACAUCUAUUCAGGCCAUUUGAUGGUCCAUGGCGGGACAGAAGAUGACGAAGAUGAGUGGAACAACAACCACUCAAAGAGCAAAGGCAUCCGUGUGGUGCUGAAGAUCCUGGACCAGAGUCACAAAGACAUAGCUCUGGCAUUCUUUGAGACAGCUAGCCUGAUGAGUCAGGUGUCUCAUUGUCACUUGGUCUUCGUACAUGGUGUUUCAGUCAAGGGAUCUGAGAACAUCAUGGUGGAGGAGUUUGUCGAGUUUGGCCCCUUAGAUGUCUUCCUGCACAAAGAGAAGGCGCGUGUGACCCCUCAGUGGAAAUUCACGGUGGCGAAACAGCUGGCCAGUGCUCUGUGCUACCUUGAAACAAAGAGAUUGGUUCAUGGGAAUGUCUGUGCAAAGAACAUUCUGGUUGUUCGUAAAGGUCUGGAAGAAAACACAUUUCCAUUUGUGAAGUUGAGUGACCCAGGCAUCGCGCUUACUGCCCUCUCACGUGGAGAGCGAGUGGAGCGUAUUCCAUGGAUUGCUCCGGAAUGUGUGCCCUGUGGGGCUCUGCUGGGCAGCGCUGCAGAUAAGUGGAGCUUUGGAGCCACACUGCUAGAAAUCUGCAACAACGGAGAUUUGGCCAUGAGUGGCAGCACAUUGCCAGAGAAAGAGCGCUUCUAUGAGACGCAGAGCCGUCUAGCCGUGCCUUCGUCCCAAGAGCUGGCUAGCUUCAUCAGCAUGUGUCUGACUUAUGACCCUGCCACCAGGCCAUCCUUCAGAACUAUUCUGCGAGAGCUGACAGAGAUACAGAUUAAGAACCCAGACAUUUCUUCAGAUUGUGAGGCACUUCCGGACAGAGAUCCCAGUAUUUUCCUGAAACGGCACCUGAAGAAGAUCCGGGACCUCGGAGAGGGCCAUUUUGGGAAGGUGAUGCUGUACGUGUACGACCCUGCUAAUGACGGUACUGGAGAGUACGUGGCAUUGAAGACUCUGAAGCAGGAGGGAGGGAAUCACCUGCAUGACUCCUGGAUGAAGGAGAUUGAAAUCCUCAAGUCGCUCUAUCAUAACAACAUUGUCAAGUACAAAGGCUGCUGCAGUGAACUGGGUGGACAGGUUGUUCAGCUGAUCAUGGAGUAUCUUCCACUGGGCAGUCUUCGCGAGUACCUGCCCAAACAUCGUCUUGGAGUCGCACAGAGUCUGCUCUUUGCACAGCAGAUCUGCCAGGGGAUGGAUUACCUCCACUCGAAGAGAUAUAUCCAUCGGGAUUUGGCUGCCCGUAACGUUCUGGUAGAGAAUGAGGGUGUGGUGAAGAUUGGUGACUUUGGACUGACGAAGUACAUUCCUGAAGGGGAGAUCUACUAUCGCGUUCGUGAAGAUGGCGACAGCCCUGUGUUCUGGUAUGCCAUAGAGUGUCUGAAGGAAAGUAAGUUUUCCUUCUCCUCUGAUGUCUGGUCUUUUGGUGUGACGCUCUAUGAGAUUUUGACACUCUGUGACCAUCGUCAAAGUCCACCAAUGAAAUAUGUUGAGAUGAUGGGGAUGGUACAAGGUCAGAUGACUGUGAUGAAACUGAUUAACCUUCUGGAAAAACACAGACGACUGCCCUGCCCACGAGACUGCCCACAUGAGGUGUACAUGCUGAUGGAGCAGUGCUGGGACUUCACGCCUGUGCAUCGGCCUACGUUCAGGUCCCUGGCCGAGUGUUUGGAGGAUGUCCGCCGCACGUACGAGCAGCAGCCCACUGUGUGCCUGGCCCAGGUUAACCAGCACUGACCACCUUUCUCUUGAUACCUGCCAGGUUUGCACCCAGGAACCUUACAACACUUUCCUGAAGAUGCCACUGUGCUGUUAGCAUUACUUAUAGAACAGAUGUCGCUUCCUUGUUACAGUAACAAAUCAAGCCUCUCUGCUCCUUGGGUAUUCUUUAUGCCAGUACUUUUGUAUGAACGAGGUCAAUUCAGUGGUGCGACUUUGUUCAUUUCUAAAUGUGACAAUGUGUAUUGUAAACAGAGCAACGUUUGUUUGGAUGAGUGUGUUAAAGGUUUAUUUCUUAAUUUCUCAAGGCUGCCUUAAAAUGCAUACCAAACUUCUUUUCCUUCUAAUUUUAAUUUAAUUUUUUUUUUUUUUUUUUUAUUUAAAAAAAAUUUGUUAAUUAAAUGUCUAGAAAAUAUAAGACAAAGUCUUUACCUGUUGUGGAAGGGCUUACUAGCUGAGACUGUUUUUCUAAUCUGCACCUUACUUUACUUAGAAACUGGAACUGUUGCUUUGUGAAUCUUUUAAAAUGUUUCUGAACAAUUAUCAUUUAUAUUUAUUUUAUCCUUUUGUAAAAUACUACCCUUAACUCCUAAAGGAUAGCCACAGUAUUUUUUAAAGUUAUAUUACUUUAAUUAGAAUGUCUGUUUCACUGGGAUGGUAUUCACUUGAUCACCACAGACACUUAUCGCCAUGCCUGAGGCUGUGUUUAACAGCUAGUUGUGUUUAACAGUGGGACAUGGUUCUACACACUCACUUUUGAUAAAAUAUACCUGUUUCAAAACUGCUAAAGUAAAGCAAUUUGUCUCACAAAAUAACACAUGGUAACCAGAUUGAAUUUAUUUUUUAUUUUUUUUUUAAUAAAAAUGUAUUAAAUGAAGUGCAAGCAUCCUACAUUAUAUUGUCACUGGAGAGUAAUGAAAAUCCUACUUCCUGUUAGAAAAUGGUGCCAGUUACUCUUAUUUUCUCUCAUUUCUCUUAUUUUGAAAUAAGUUUAUGAAUAGGCCAACAGGGGGUGUGUUAUGGACCAGGCCAAUGAAGCUGGUGCACAAGUCCUCUGACUACCAGUGGUCCCAUGCAGUCCUAAAUAACCUGAUGUUCAUAUAGAUUUAGCACUUGAAUAUGAGCCUGUGGUGCCACUGUAAGUACAAUGUGAAACAGAUGAAGAAAUGUCUAUGGGCUUUUUGUUGGUUAUGGUCAAGUACUGCUAGUGCCCUUAAAUUUAAUAAUAGUUCAAAAACACUUGUGGCCAUAUAGGGCACCAAUAAUGCAUUCCUGGGGCCUACAUUUGGAAAUCACAGGUUUUGCAAAAUAGUGAUUUUUAACAUCAGACAUGUAUAAAUAAAUGCCUUUGAUAAAUACCCAUAAGCACUGUAUAAGUAAAUGCCCUUAAUGAAUUAUGUGUUCUAACAUUUGGUGGAGAAUGAAUGUCUUACUGCCCCAGUGCCUGCGGUGACCAACAAUAUGCUAUUACAGUAAACAAACAAAAAACAACAUGAAAUUUACUUUUAAAAAUACUGUUAUCUGUAACUGCACGUGUAUGAUAUAUAGCUCUGUGCAACACUGCAAAUGAAAGUCCUUAAAUAAAAGUCUCUGCUCAUC